UGCUCCUUUCUUGCCUCGCCUCUGUACCGCUCCUUUUCUCUGAACCCACGCUAACAAGCAUCGUAGCAGCCUCAUCCUCGCAGCACACGACAUCUGGCUCGGUCCGCUUGAGACCACGUCGUCACCAUGAUGAUGCUGCUGCUGCCCUCGUUAUCCUCCACCUCGUCCGGCCCGGACCCCACAAGCUGCACCCCACAUCACGAUCCUCUGGUCCUCUCGCUCGGGCUAUUCCUCUGCUUAGGCCUAGUCAUCUCGUACCUGCCGCAACUAUACCGUAUCAUCGCGCGACGCUCGUCACUGGGAUUCAGCCCAUGGUUCCUACUGCUGGGUGCCACGAGCUCGGCGAGUACCUUCCUGAACGUCGUGGCUCUGCAGUGGGGCAGUGUGAGGUGCUGUAAGGUCUUGACUGCGGGGCAAUGUGCCGAAGGCUUGCUGGGGGUGGUACAGGUGGGAUUGCAGUGGGCUAUGUUCGUCAUGAUCUUUGUCCUCUUCAUCAUCUAUUACCCGAAGGAGCUUCGCUAUGAGAAGGUUGUCGCUGUUGCCAGGGGAAGAGCAGCUGGGCUUGUUGCUGCAGGAGACGAGGAAGACGGAUCAGACGACGAGGAUGGGGAUAGCGAUGAUGGCUCGUCGAUCGGUGACAUCGAUUCGGUUGGCUCUCACAUUGCGGCCAACUAUUCGACGUUCAAUGGUAGUGGCAGCACCAACAGCGGUCAUCCCGCAGCUUCCACCUCUGCCGCCGCAGCGAACAGCACAUCCAAACCAGCAGACAGCAGCGCAGCAGCAUCCUCAACCGCGACGUCACGCUCUCUCUGGCCCUCCUGGCUCUCAAGCAAUGCAGGGCAUUCAUCAGCCAAGCCAGCCGGCCUCGCCCCAGGCCUCCUCUCAGCACCACAUCGACCCUCCGACAGGUCAGCUCUCCUCACAUCGGCGCCUCGAGCUCUCCGCAGCAGGAAGCGCAGGCCAGGCAAUCGAGUACGCAAGAUCAAGCACAAAACCCCCGAAUGGUCCCUCGCAAUCGCUCUGGCAUGGAUCGUUGCCAUCCACUUCCUCUUCAUCACACUCGUCACCCUGUUGCUCGUCUCAUCACUCCCGGACUCUGCCUUUCCCAAGCCUCCGGGUCCAGACGAGCCUGGGCCGACUAUACCGCUUCCCCCGCCUACGACUCCGCCGCAUGGCUGGCAGUGGGGUCACGAGAUGGCCGCGGCUCCCUUUGGGUCGUCAUCGAGGCUCCUCGUGUCCAGGUGGGCAGCCUUCCUGGGUAUCACGGGAACGCUGCUCGCGGCGGCGCAGUACGUCCCCCAGAUCGUGCACACGGCCAAGCAGAGGACCGUUGGCAGUCUGUCUAUUCCAAUGAUGUGCCUCCAAGUGCCAGGCUCAGCACUCUUCGUCUACUCCCUCGCUGUCCGGCCCGGGAUAGAGUGGACCUCACUGGCAGCGUACGUCUGUACGGGUGUGCUGCAAGCUGCGCUUCUUGUGCUGUGUCUCUGCUGGAAGGCGAGGCAGAAGAGGUUGGGUGUAGAUGAUUAUGGUCAACCGCUCGAGGGAGAGAGGGGGGCCUUGUUUGAAGAGGGGGAGGAGGAUUGAACGCAGGAACCACGAUACCACUUUGAGCGCAAUGGCAGGC